AUGGUAAGCGUCAUCAGCCCGCGCCACGACGACGAGUACAAGUCCGCGAGCAUCCCACCGAGCCCGACGCACACGCACUUCGACGGGGCGAGCGUGAAUGGCGCCGCGAGCGAGUUUGACGGCACCACGAUGCGCUCGCGCAGCGGGUCGGCACACAGCCGGGCCAAGCUCAUCUCGCCACAGCCUCCCGACGACCAGGAUCCGAAGGCGUCGUCGAAGAAAGGGAAGAAUGUGAACGGCGGCGACGGCGAGGACCAGCCAGACGACAAAGACUCGCCGCGGCCGGCACUGGACCUCUCCGCGGAUGACGCGCUCGACGCGGGGCCUUUCGCGUUUAAGCCCUUCAGACUCGCGUCGCUUGUGGAUCCCAAGUCCCUGUCCUCGUUGGAGCAGAUGGGCGGUAUCGAAGGCCUGCUGAGGGGCCUCGGGACGCAUGCGAAGCAGGGGCUUUCCGCCGUUGCUAUCACAGAGGCGACAGACUCGAAGCCAGGUAUAAGUGCCGGUGAGGGUGAGGGUGCGGGACAGCGCCACGACCGACCACAGGAAGAUUCGGGGCGACCUCAGUCCGGUGAAACCGAGGAGGAAGUCGUCCCGGGCAUCGUUGUGACAGGUCCGGGCAGUGAGGUUGACGUUACCCGAAAGUCGAAUUUGGCGGACAACCAAAGCGACGACGAGGUGGGCGAGAAGGCAUAUGAUGCCUCGAUGGAUGAGCGACGACGCGUUUUCGGUGCGAACGUCCUCCCGACACGCAAGACAAAAUCGCUGCUGCAGCUGAUGUGGCUCGCGCUGAAGGACAAGGUCCUGGUCUUGUUGAGCAUCGCUGCUGUCGUGUCUCUUGCACUCGGUUUCUUCCAAGACUUCGGCACACCAAGGCCCGCCGGCGAGCCUCCAGUCGACUGGGUCGAAGGUGUUGCGAUUAUUGUUGCUAUCCUCAUUGUCGUCCUUGUUGGCUCGGUGAACGACUGGCAAAAGGAACGUCAAUUUCAAACCCUCAACGAGAAGAAAGAGGAACGUGGUGUCAAGGUUAUUCGCGCAGGCAACGAGCGCGUCGUUGACGUUCACGAAGUCGUCGUCGGCGACGUCGCGAUUCUCGAACCGGGCGAGAUCAUACCGUGCGACGGCGUUUUCCUCGGUGGCCACAAUGUCCGAUGCGAUGAGAGCGGUGCGACCGGCGAAAGCGACGCGAUCCGGAAGAUCGACUACGAGGAGGCACUCCGUGCGCGAGACGGACACAGCGAACACGGCUCGCACGCGGACUGUUUCAUGGUCAGCGGGAGCAAGGUGCUUGAGGGUUAUGGGAGCUAUGUUGUGAUCGCUGUUGGUCCCAAGAGCUUCAAUGGGCGUAUCAUGAUGGCGCUCCGUGGCGACACGGAAGACACGCCCCUGCAGCUCAAGCUCAACGACCUCGCGGAGCUGAUCGCGAAAGCGGGCAGUAUCGCGGGGCUCGCGCUGUUUGUCGCGCUCAUGAUCCGGUUCUUCGUCCAGCUCGGCACGAACGACCCUGCGCGCACGGCGAACCAGAAGGGCAUCGCGUUCGUCAAUAUCUUGAUCAUCUCGGUGACGUUGAUCGUCGUGGCCGUUCCUGAAGGGCUGCCAUUGGCGGUGACGCUGGCGCUCGCGUUCGCCACGAAGCGAAUGACGAAGGAGAACCUUCUGGUCCGCGUGCUCGGUUCCUGUGAGACGAUGGCGAACGCCAGUGUGGUCUGCACCGACAAGACUGGUACGCUCACGCAGAACAGCAUGACCAUCGUCGCUGGCACCGUUGGCAUCCACUGCAAGUUCGUCCGCAACCUCUCGGACAACAGGUCGCGCACGAACGCGGAGGGCGACCAGCAGACGCAAGACAGGCAAGCGGAGGACGUUCUCCAGGGCGCCCGUCCGACGAACGGCAAGAGGAAGCACUCCCAGGACUUCUCGAUCGAUCAGAGCGAGAUGAACAGGUUCCUCCAUCCGGCGCUGCGUGAGCUCUUCAACGAGGCGAUCGCGAUCAACUCGACGGCCUUUGAGGACACGGAUCCGGACACGAACGAACUGGUGUUCAUCGGGAGCAAGACGGAGAUGGCGCUGCUCAAGUUCGCGAAGGAGCUCGGCUGGGCGGACUACAAGAAGACGCGCGAGGCCGCGGACAUCGUGCAGAUGAUCCCGUUCUCGAGCUCGCGCAAGGCGAUGGGCGUCGUCGUCAAGCUGGGCGACGGCAGGUGCCGCUUGUACCUCAAGGGCGCGAGCGAGAUCCUCGCGCGCAAGUGCACGAGCUACGUCACCGUGACGCGGGGCGGGGACGCCAGUGAGUCGGCCGGUGUCGAGACGAGGGAGAUCGACGACCUGGCGAGGGAUAAUGUGUCACGGACGAUCAUCUUCUAUGCGAACCAGACGCUGAGAGCGAUCACGCUGUGUUAUCGUGACUUCGAAUCCUGGCCGCCUGCAGGUGCGUCGUAUACUGCGGAUGACGAGGUCGAGUACGAAGAUUUGGCCCGGGAUUUGACUCUCAUCGCGAUCACGGGCAUCGAGGACCCUCUGCGAGAAGGUGUCCGUGAAGCUGUCGCGGACUGCUUCAAGGCUGGCGUUACUGUGAAAAUGUGCACUGGGGAUAACGUACUCACGGCACGCUCUAUCGCGCUUCAAUGCGGCAUCUUCUCUGAGGGCGGCCUCAUCAUGGAGGGCCCUGUAUUCCGGAAACUAAACGACCAAGAACUCCUGGAAGCUGUCCCGCGGUUGCAAGUGCUUGCACGGUCAUCUCCUGAGGACAAGAAGUUGCUCGUUGAGAAGCUGCGUGAGCUCGGCGAGAUUGUCGGUGUCACUGGCGACGGUACGAACGACGGGCCUGCCCUCAAGACCGCGGACGUCGGCUUCUCUAUGGGUAUCGCGGGCACGGAAGUUGCGAAGGAGGCGUCCGACAUUAUCCUCAUGGACGACAACUUCGCGUCGAUCGUGAAGGCGAUCAUGUGGGGUCGCUGCGUGAACGACGCGGUGCGCAAGUUCUUGCAGUUCCAGCUCUCGACGAACGUCACGGCCGUCGUGGUGACUUUUGUUUCGGCCGUUGCAUCGGCGUCGGAGUCGUCUGUGCUCUCGGCGGUGCAGCUGCUGUGGAUUAACAUCAUCAUGGACACGUUCGCAGCGCUCGCUUUGGCUACGGACCCUGCAUCUCCCGCGCUCUUGGACCGCAAGCCGGAAGGCAAGACCGCCCCGCUCUUCUCGGUCAACAUGUACAAGCAGAUCAUCGGGCAGUCUGCGUACCAGAUUCUGAUCGUGUUGCUCUUCCACUUCUUGGGCGCCCAGAUUUUGGGCUUCGACCCGAAAUAUAGCUCCACGGUUUCGCAAACUACGGUGUUCAAUAUCUUCGUGUUCGCACAGAUCACGAACUCGGUGAACUGCCGGCGUCUGGACAACCGUCUGAAUAUCUUCGAGGGCAUCACGCGGAAUUACUACUUCAUGGCGGUCACGCUCAUCGAGGUCGCCGUGCAAAUCCUGAUCGUCUUCGUCGGAGGUGCUGCAUUCAGCGUCACGCGCAUCGGCGGCGCUGAAUGGGGUAUCAGUCUGGCUCUAGGCCUCGUCUCCAUUCCUCUAGGGGCCCUCAUUCGCUGCAUCCCCAACGAGCCGGUCGAACGGCUGUUGAAGGCCCUGCAUAUUAUGUCGAAUCCGGCGGUUCUCCCGACGACGCGCACCGAUGGCGACUGGAACACUGCGAUUGAACUCGUGCGGGAUAAUCUCAACACGUUCGCGCAUGUUCGCGGUGGUCGUAUGCGUGCGUCGUCCUACGUGGACAGGAGUCGCAAAGCCCGUCCGCUUCCUGAGACUGAACUCGGCUUGCCAUCUAUUAUGACCAUGGUCCCGACGCUGAUUGCGUCAUCCAUUGGACGGGCACCAUUGAGCCCCAACGGGCUUGCCGACCCGACACAGUUCGACCCCUCGAAAUCCUCAGCUGCGCUGUGGGAGGGCAGGAUCCAAGUACACCCAGACACGAAGCCCGAUGACCCCACCCGCCAACGGUGGGAGAACGAACCUAGUCCUUGCUAA